AUGAUAAAAACGAAUGGAAUAUUUUUAUUUUAUUCAUUUAUACUAAAUUUAGUGUGCUGUCUUAAUAGCAACUUAAGGAAAAAAGCUUACAUCCUGUAUUCCCCCAAGUCGACGAAAAGUACCAAGUCGCCCUUCAGAAGAUGGAAUAACCCACAGAACAAUGAUAUGGGCGAACUACAUGAAGAUGAGGACUUGAUAAGGUACGAAUUGCCAAACCGGCUGACCAGUAUAAUAUACAAAAAAAGAAAGAACACAAAAAGAAAAAGAUACAUUCUUCAUAAUGAAAAUCAUAUAAUACUACCAUCAAAUAAAAUUUCCGAAGAAUAUAAAAGUUGCACUAACCCAAUUGACUACAAUUAUGAAGAGCUACAUGUGUACAUGGAAGUAAACACAGGUAGUAUUAACGAAAAGAAAAACCAGCAAGGGAUCAGUCACUUGUGCGAGCAUGUAUCCUAUAUGGGUUCAAAAAAUAGGAAAAAUAUUAUAGACAAAAACAUCAGAACGAAUGCUUACACAGAUUUUCAUCAUGUGGUUUUUUACAUAAGUAUAAGUCUGAACAACGAGAUAUACAAAGAAAACAGCUUCAGUAACUUUGCACAUGAUGGUUUUAUAAAAAAUAUAAAUGAAGAGGAGAUUGAAAAUUUUGAUAUUUAUAGUGUUGAUGAGUUUAACUACAAACACACAAUUCUAUCACAAUGUAUUGAAACAAUGAUAGAAGUCCUAAAAGGGGAAACACAGUUUAACAAAGAAAGAAUCAUAAAAGAAAAGAAGGCGAUUUUUUCAGAGUACAGCAUUAUUAAUACUGUAGAAUACAAAAUGAACUCCGAUAUCAUAAAAACAUUGCACAAGGAAAAUAGACUAAGUCACAGACUGCCCAUAGGAAAACUGGAGCUACUAAAGCGGUACGACGAAAAAGACAUAAAGCAAUAUUUCGAUUUGUUCUUUAGACCAGAAAAUGUAAACUUAUUUGUAUAUGGAGAUAUAAAUGUGGAUAUUGCUCAAAAGUUAAUAAAUAAAAAAUUUGAAAAUAUAAAAGGUAAGGAUUUAACAAGGGAUGAAACGGCAUAUUUAAAUAUUUUAAACGAAAAUACAUUGAAGUCGAGAAAUAAGAACCUCCCAGCAGUUGUGCACGCAUUUGGUAGCAAUUCUUCAAAGGGAUAUGAAGCGAAUGGAUAUUCUCCUGAAAGAAAUGACGAUAGUUGUACUAGUGUAGUAGAUGAAAGGAAUAAUGAAUAUAUAGAUGACAAUAUUAUUGAUAGCGAAAAGCUUAAAGAACUAAAAAAAAAAAAUCAAAACGAAAUUAUGAGUGAAUUACAAUUUAGAUCCUACCUGGAGGAUAAAUAUGCUGUAAAUUUAGAAGAAGAAAAAACGCUAAAUAGAAGAGAUAUAAAAAAUAUUACAACUGAUGUGAGGAUAUUUAAAUAUUCGUUAAACAAUGUAAAUAUAAACAUUUUGCUAAAAGAAGAAAUAAAAAGUAUUACGACAUUGGAGGAUUAUAAAAUAUCUAUAAUGAAAGAUAUCAUUUUUUAUUGUUUAUCAUUUCGAUUUAAUAUACACCGAAAUGAUUUAUUUAAUAGUAUAGAUAUUAAUGAAUAUACAAAUAUAAAUGAAGGAGCUACGAUACGAACUAUAGAAAUAAAAACCACUAUAAAAUCUUUUGAAAAAACAAUAAACGCUUUUUAUACUUUUAUAAAAAGCCUAAGAAUGUAUGGCUUAAGUAAUGAUGAGUUGCGAAAUUAUAAAAUCAAUGAAAUCGAAUGUGAUGAAGAAGAGGAAGCUAAUAAACAUGGUACAACCAAAAAUAUGAAGCUGAUACAUCCUGAGAAAAAUGAAGAUGAAGAAUAUAUUUUAGAUACAAAGAUUAAUGAAACGUACACAGAUGAAAUUCAAAAAAUUAUAGAUUACAAUUCUUGUAAGCAUGUCUAUAUUAAUGAAAAAAGAGAAAAGAAAAUUAAAAAAAAAAUAUUCGAUAAUCUAAAAAUAGAAGAAAUAAAUGUAUAUGCUAAACAGUAUUUUGAAUAUAUAUUUAAUAUAUUCAGUGAAGGUACAAAUUUUAAGCCUAACUGUAUUAUUAUACACGUUCCUUAUAACCAUUUUGAUACGUAUAACAAAAAAGAUAUUAAAAAAUUAUUUUUCGAUAACAUAUAUUCAAAGGAACAAAUUCCAAAUUUGUCUCUAAACAUUCAAAGUAAAUUGUUAUCUCCUCAGUAUAUAUAUGAAAACAUUACCAAAAAAUUACGAAUAGCAAAAUAUGUACAACCCCGUACGACUAGCACAAAAAUAAGCGUUUUCAAUUAUAUUCUAAAUAAAAUUAAUAAAAUAAAAAAGGACUACGAGCACAUAUGUCCAUUGCAAAAUUUGAAUACAGUACCAAAUUUCGCCUUGUUUAAAAUAUGCUACAACGUAGAAAUAGACAAAAACCAUAUCGAAGAGACUAACACAGAGGUACAAAAAAAGAAUGACGUUAAGUGGGACUACUUAAAAAAGGAAGAAACUUAUCAUAUGUACGAAAUGCAUGAAAUGUGUAAACAAAAUGGAAAAGAUACUAAAGAACAAUCAGUAAAACAAGGAAACUACGAAAAAAUGCAAAGUGUGCAAGAUAAAAAUAUCAAAGAUAAUGGGAAUAUAUUGAACUUAAAAAAGUACAUUUUAUCAAAUAAAGGUCAAAAGCAAGUAGAAAAUUACGAAUUAAUGAAUGGAAUAAAAGUAAAUUUAUUUAAAACAAACAUAGAUAAAAAAUAUAUUUACUUGAGGUUAAUUAUACCACAUAUGGAUAUAUUGAAAACGAAAAAAUAUAAUGUCUUCCUUUUGUUAUUUUCUGUUAUUUGUUUAUUUGAAGGAGGUGAAAUCGAAAACGUUGGUAGAGAACAUGUAGAAAUACACUGCAGUAAUAGAAGUAUAAAUAUUUACAUUGACCUAAAUGAUGAGUACUUCUUUAUUGAUAUCUGUACAUACAAUAAAUAUGAAAAUAUUAACUCUGCCUUUUCUAUUCUAAACAAUAUCUUAUUGCAAACAAAGGUAGAACAGUCUGCUCUACUAAGAGUCGUUGACAAGUUAAAGAAGGAUUUCUUUGAGUAUAAAAACAACCUCCAGGUAAUGCUCAACUGUUUGAUCAAACCGCGAUCUUUUUUGCUGGGACAAACGAUUUCAUACCUAUCCGAUGGGGCAAUUGGUUAUCAAAAUUUUAAUCUAAAAGAGACAGAAAAUAUAAGCCUAGAAACUGUUCAGCAUAAGCUAAGGGAAUUGUUUAGAGACUUAUCGCUAUUUGAGAUAACCAUUGUAGGGGAUAUUUCUCCUUUUAUUCAUUACUACAUUUUACAUUUUCUAGGUACUUUACAAGGGGGAAAAAAAAUAAACACCGAAAAGGGGAUCAGCACAGAUACGCGUGAACAUAUAAGAACUAAUGCUACAAUAGAUGUAGAGACUGAUGAAAAUUUUACAAGUAAAAACUACAGAACGAGUAACUGCAUUACAUUACCUAUCAGUAGUGAUGAGGAGAACGACUUACGGUACGAGUACAAUUUAUUGUGCCCCUUAAAAAAUUUUGAAGCAAAAUCAAAGGAAAUUACAUAUGUUUAUUUAAAUGAAAAGGAAGAACAUGCUGUUUUUUUAUUAAUAGGAAAAAGUGCAAACUAUUUCGGUUUUUUAAGUAAUGGUAUACAUAUCUCUUUCUAUUUAUUACAAUUUUUAAAAAAAAUGCUCUUCCAGUUCCCCCAAACAAAUGGCAAAAAAGAAGAGGAAAAAAAAGCACUUACUACAGAAUUUGAUAAAAUUAAAGGUCAUUUAAACAUAAAGCAAUAUACGGAAGAAAACUUGAAUGAAUUUUUUAAGAAAAGAAGAAAAUUAUAUACAAACCCACUAUUUUUUAAUGUCGUAUCUUAUAUUAUUCAGUACAUUUUAAAUAGUAAAUUUUUUCAUUAUUUGAGAGAAAAAAAAGAGUUAACAUAUGAUUCGUCCUUUGAAUUUUUAAAUUAUGAGAAAUAUUUUACAGGAUUUUUCACCCUACUGGUUCAAACAAAUCCAAAAGAUUUACAAUUAAUAAAAAAAGAAGUCUUAUCAUGUUUUGAAGAUUUUACAAAAAAUUUCUAUAAUUUUUCUGAUUAUUUAAUUGAAAAUGCAAAGUUGUCUUAUUUAAAUAAAAAAAAUAAAGACUUGAAAUAUUUUGUUGACAAAAUUUCUGGUAUGCAGUUAAAAGACUUUCCUCUCAAAUAUAGAAAUAAAUUUUUAUUAAAAGACAAUCUAAUAUUAAAUAAAAUAGAAAAAAUUGAUAUUCUUUUAGUUUUAUAUGUUCUAUUUAAUCAAACACAAAGUUACCACAUCUCCUAUGGAAUUUCCUCCCCUGAAGAUGUGUGGAAAGUCAUGUACAAAAAUAUUAACAAAAUUUGA